GCAGCGCGCCACACGUUUGCGUCACUGGUUGUCAACUCCGUCGUUUUUUCAGUCAGUUUGUGGAUUGUUGUGUGAGGUGUUGUGUGCGUGUACAAUGAUGGCUGCUACGUUAACCCCAGAACAAGAAGAAGCAACGAAAGAUUUCAUCGAGAAAGUCAACGCAAAAUUCCGCCGAAAGUGGGGACCAGUCUCGUGGUCUACGGCUGUUCGAUUCCUCUACGCCCGAAAAUUCGACGUUCUUCGGGCCCUGGUGCUCUACGAACAGCACGGGCUGACGAGACAACGCGAAGGCCUAAGCUGUUUCGACCCGCACAAAGAACCCCUUCAUUCGGAACUAUUGACAGGGAAGUUCACAAUUUUGCCGAAAAGAGAUGCCACCGAUGCCGCAAUCGCUGUGUUCACUGCUCACAAACACCAACCGGCCAGCAGCACCCACCAAGUCACUCUCCAGGGGGUCGUGUACCAACUUGACGCCGCCCUGCAGAACCCGGUGACCCAGAAGGCCGGGAUAGUGUUCAUUUAUGACAUGUCGAAUUCGAAGUAUUCGAACUUCGAUUACGACUUGUCGCAGAAAAUUUUAACUUUGUUGAAGGGUGGCUAUCCGGCCAAACUUAAAAAGGUGCUCAUAGUAACGGCCCCCUUGUGGUUCAAAGCCCCAUUCAAAAUUCUCCGUCUAUUCGUGAGGGAAAAGCUCCGCGAACGAGUCUACACAGUCUCGGUAGCACAAUUGUUGACGCACAUACCCAGAGAAUCUCUGCCUACCCAGCUUGGAGGCUCCCUCAUCCUGGACCAUAAUGGUUGGCUAUCGUUCUGUAUGCAGUCAAUGACCGCUCGGGAGGAAUCGCCGCUGCCGCAGUACGAUGGCAAGACGCCAUCCCCGCAGAAACGCAUCCGUACACCCACAGAAAUCGAGAUUUCUUCAUCGACCAAUAACAUAAACGUGGAUAGUUGGACGGAGGAGGGCAACUUGAAUCCGCCCAGUAGCGCGUCGAGCGGCUUCUCCGACGAUGACUCUCUCCACGGCGACGGCGCCGCCCUCACUAUGCCCCAGCUGGUCGACUACGUUAGGGACAGAGGGCGCUCCGGGCUCAUGCAGGAGUACGCCGAGAUCCGGUCCAGGCCCCCCGAUGGGACGUUUAACGUGGCCAAAAUGAAAAACAACUUGCCGAAAAACCGCUAUACUGACGUGUUGUGCUACGAUCAUAGUAGAGUGAUUCUUUCGGAAAUCGAUAGUGAUAAAGACAGUGAUUAUAUUCACGCCAACUUCGUCGAUGGGUACAAGCAGAAGAAUGCUUUUAUCAACACGCAAGGUCCGCUGCCUAAGACGACGAACGAAUUUUGGCGAAUGAUAUGGGAACAACACACCUUAGUUAUAGUUAUGACGACUAGAGUGAUGGAAAGAGGGCGUCCGAAAUGCCACCAGUACUGGGAAACCGAGGCUGGUGGCGAAGCAACUUAUGGUCAAUUCACGGUGAAAACGAUAGCUGUUGAGCCGGAUCCGGAUUACACAGUUACCACGAUCAACCUUAUCAACAACAAAACCGACGAGUCCAGGGAGGUCUCGCACUGGCAGUUCACCUCGUGGCCCGACUACGGAGUCCCGCGCUCCGCCAAGGCCAUGCUCGAGUUCCUGGAGCGGGUGCGGAGGAAACAGAACGCCAUGGUGGUGGCGCUGGGCGAUACGUGGGCGGGGCACCCGCGGGGGCCGCCCAUCGUGGUGCACUGCAGCGCGGGGAUUGGGCGAACAGGUACUUUUUGUACGCUGGACAUCUGCAUAUCCCGGCUGGAGGACCUGGGGACGGCGGAUAUCCGAGGGACGGUCGAACGAAUCCGCUCACAACGCGCAUAUUCCAUCCAAAUGCCUGACCAGUACAUUUUCUGCCACCUCGCUUUGAUAGAGUAUGCUCUUAUGAAGGGGCAUCUGCAGUCGGCGGACCUGACUGGGUUCGACCCGGGUGCGGAUGACGAUUCGGAUUAAGUUGUUAUUAGUUGUGCUUUAAAUUCCAAAAUGUGAAGUGAAUGUAUUGUUAAAGGGCGAUUAUUUAUUUUUUAGUUGUAUUGUCAAACAAUUUAUCAGUCUUUUGUUGUCUCGAACAAGUUCCUUGUACAGAAGAUGGUUUGUUUGGAGGAGAAACGUUAAGUUUGCUUUUAAAGGAGGGGGAGUAGACGUGGAUGUGGUCGUACGACUUGUGAUUUUAGGUGAAUCUUGCAGGUUACUGCGAUUUUACAUAUCUUCCUUUGUUUUUUCGCCGUGGUUGUCGCAGAAAUAAAAAUAGAGCUAUCUUGUAAUAUGACAUUCAAGCGAUUGUUUGAAAUAUUACAGGUUUAUUUUUAUAUCCUAAUCCGAUAGAUGUGAAUGUACCUACAACCAUUGAAACUAUAAAGUUUAUUGUUGAAUUUAACGCUUCCUUAUCAAAAGAUGUACUAAAUAAUUCAUAGGUAGACUAAAUCGAGUUCUUGAUCUUGAACUUUACUAUAAAGACUGUCCAAUUUUAAAUAAAAGCGUGUACUACUUCUACUUGUUUAUGAGCUAUUUUGAAUAGAAACCCCGAUUGCGUUGACGUUGAGUUUACCAACUUCCAUUACGAGGUUAUAAGCCAAAAUACUAGGUUUAAUCGGAUCUUUUGAUCCCUAAUAACUUUUGUGUACUAAGUAUUAUUUUCAUUAUUGUGACAUAGUUGAAUUUAUCGAAACCUGUGUAUUGUAAAUAUUGUAUUCUGAUUUCUUAAUACAAAACGCUUUUUA